CUGUUGCACGUCAGUACAAUUUUAGAUCUCGGCCGAGCACGUUCAUCCGAAAUCGAUGCAAUCCGUACAGUUUUGGGAGUAGACGCGGACUCACUUUUGCCAAGCCUUGCACCCAGCCAAGCCAAAUCCCAAUUUCGUCGCCGUGCAGCAGAGGAUCAUGUACAUUUACCCGAGCUCCCCGGAAUCAGCAUCGUCCUUGCAGUCCGAAGAAAGUGCGGCCAUCAAGAUCCAGGCCGGAUUCCGAGGCUACCGCGUUCGCAAGCAGAUCCACCGCAAUAGCAAGUCAAACAGUAAUACCCGGAGAAACCAGCGCCAACGUCCCCAGAACAACGCCCUAAUGGAAAAUCAGGGAAACGCGUCUCGCCCCAGCAAUGCCACCAGCAACGAUCCCAAGGCAAACGGGGAAAAUGGUGGAAAAUCCGUGGAGGAUCGCUGCGCCACCAAGAUCCAAGCAGGAUUCCGGGGAUUCUUGGUCCGCAAAAAGCAGAAAAUCGCCACCGACGCUGCAGUGAAGAUCCAAGCUGGCUUUCGAGGAUUCAAGGCCCGAAAGGAGCUAAAACAAUGCGACCCCGUGGUGUAGUGGCUCUGGGCGUGUUGCACAACUCUGAUUUCUACUGUACAUACAAUUAUUAUGUGUAUUCAAAUAUUGCUGUUGCACAGCAAUACGUUAUACCUACCGCCUAGUUCAAUAUGUGUCGUGUAAAUAGUUUAAUAUCAUUAACGAUAGCUUCCAGAAGAAUAAAAUACUCUACUCAAGAAACCGCAAUCUUGAAAGACAACAUUAUCCAUUAACGUUA